AUGCUCGAAGGAACUCCUCGGAACGAGCAAGGUAGAGUAGGCAGUGGCGGGAUCAAAUGGAAAAUCAUCAACGCAGUGCUCGAAUUUGCGGAAGCAUCCGGAAGGUUCAAGUUGUUACGUUUCGCUCCACCAGAGGUGUUACUGCACGUAUGGUUUCCUGACAAGUGGGGAGUACAAGGUAUGGCCUGA